GUUAUUGCACCUAGGCACCCCACCGCGGACGUCGGAAGUGAAAGGUAGCGGAUCUAUCUGUCUAUGUACAGCGAUCCGGACGGGGGUCAUGUGAAUAAGAAAGCAUGGCAAACCUAUUGUUGUUAUUAGGUUUGCUUGAACUGCCUACUAAAAACUAUCAGGUACUAAACUAUCAGGUACUAAUUGCACAGCCUCCUAGUCUACAUCAUUACUCGCAUAUCGGCCUUAAGGAAGGGAUAAGCUAUCGAUUUCUACAGCCUUCAUACUGGAGACUUAAACAUGUGGCGGCCGCUCUCUCGGUGUAUAGACAGGGACUGCGCGACUUGUCAUGGCUAGGCAACGCAUCAUAGGACGCUUCGGCUGUACUUGGCGUUCAUCGAUACUUUACCUCUAGCUUUGAGACUUCAUGUCUUUGUUCGAUUAUAUAAUAAGGCCUUUGUCCUCUCUCAUCCCUUCUUAGUAGUCACUGAAGGUGUUGGAAUAACC